CCACCUCCAAACUGGGUGAGUGAUUCUGAAACACUACUGAAGUGUUGGUUAGAGAAUUGAAGGAGGCUCUGCUCGCGCAUCUUCUUUACUCUACUGGCAAGCAACAUUAGCUAAGAGAAGAAAGAGGCAACUCAACAUUCUACGUUUCUGCCACGAGCAACGACGAGCCCCCAGUGUGUUUUUACUCGGGGCUGAGUAAACGAGACUCUUGUUGUGUAUCAUAAUAUACCCGUAACGCCUGCUGUACCUACUGACUAUAACCCGUUUCUUCCGUCCACUUAAACGCGAAAAAUCUAUUUCUUUCUAUUCGUCCAAAAAAAAAAAAAAAAAAGAACCGCUCCUCCUUUGAAUCUUGUUAUAUACUGUGAACUGGGUGAUAAUGUGAAUCUAGAUAAUUUUAAUUAAACAUUCAUCAUUGUGUAUUAAUAUGACAGUGAGAUAAAAAUUUUAACAAAAUUUUAGUGACAAGUGAGUGAAGUUUGAGUUAUCUUUUGGUUUAUAUGAACAGCAAUACAAUGCAUACGUUAUUUGGUGAACAAAAUGCCUAUUACAGGCACGCAACCAGUGUUCCAGUUGGUAUGGGUACUUCAUCAUAUCCUGGAGUUGGUGGAGCACCGGCAUAUUAUGAACAAUAUCGUUAUGGUGGUUAUACAGCAGCUGGUUAUCCCGUCGCUGGAAUAACUCAGCAACACAUGCAUCAUCCGGCAAAAGAUAUGGUGAAACCACCCUACUCGUAUAUAGCGCUGAUAGCUAUGGCAAUACAAAAUGCACCGGAUAAAAAAAUAACUUUAAAUGGAAUUUAUCAAUUCAUUAUGGAACGUUUUCCUUACUACCGUGAAAACAAGCAAGGUUGGCAAAAUUCAAUUAGGCAUAACUUGAGUCUUAAUGAAUGUUUUGUAAAGGUUCCGCGAGAUGAUAAAAAACCAGGAAAAGGAAGUUACUGGUCGUUAGAUCCCGAUAGUUAUAAUAUGUUUGACAACGGAUCUUAUUUAAGAAGAAGAAGGAGGUUUAAGAAAAAAGAUGCCCUAAAAGAAAAAGAAGAAGCACUGAAACGACAAGGAAUAGUAUUAGAUAAACGAGAAGAUGUUAAAUCUAACCAUAACAUAGAUUCAACUAAAAAACUAUCGACGUCAGAAUGUAAGCAGCCAAAACGAGAGCCAUUAAACGACCCACCUCAUUGCAUGAGUAAUAAUAGUUCUGUUGCUAAAUAUGGUGGCUUACAGGAUAGUAAAGCAAAUACUACAACUGCAAGCGUUAUUCAGACAAGUUUAGGGCAUGGAUCUGGUCUUCAAAUUCAACAGCCGCAUCAGGUUCACCAGGAAGUUGCAGUAACUGAUGUAAAUAUAGGUUUAGAUCCUGCAAGCUUCAGUGUUGAUGCGUUGAUGACAACCAGAGAAAAUAGCGCUAUAAUGAACCGUGAUCAUCAUUCACAUCAUUCUCAUUCAAUUCAACAUUCUCAUGGGCAUUCUGGCCUUUCGCAUUCAUCUAUGAUGACCUCAUCUCGAGAUCCCAAUACUACCGUCGGUACCAGAGAUCUUACAGCAGUGGUAACUACUACGAGUACAACAACCGCCGCUGCAGUAGCUAUGAUGGCUUCCACCGGAUACAGCCAUGUUACGCCAUCGAGAGGUCAUUCUAGUCCAUCUGCAACAAUGUACUCUCCAUAUUGUCCGAGCUCAUCGGGAUAUAUUAUGGAUCAUACCGAUUACAAUGCUACUGUAACUAGAAAUCAUAAUCCUCCACAUUCCCAAUGGUAUCAAGAGGCUGCUAGUCCCGAUUCCGCAACUAUUUAUCAGGAUACGCAAUCGCCGAGCUGUCAAUUAUACAGAUCGAGUCCACCUACUCCCUUAUCUUCGAGUGCGGCUCCAUCUCCACCACUGUAUCACAGUCAUAGAUAUUAUCAGGAUUGUAAUGCAGUUAAUACCAGUGGAAAUCUUCCAAUAACGUUACAUAAGUACUGAGAUUAUCGAACAAGGUCUCAAAGAGACCUUGCAUCAUCAAUAAGUGGCAAUCAUCAACAGAAGCAUGAAGAUUAUGAUCCAUAUUUAGUUUACAUUAAGCAAGAAUGGAUUUCACCUGAUGAACUUCCAAAAGAAUGGCACUGAUAAAUUAAAUGUGACUUAAUGUUAAAUAUAUACAUAAAAAAAAAACAUAUAAAUAUAUAUUUGCGCGUAACAUUGUGGAAUAAAGUAAUUAAUAUAAUUUAAAGGUCAAGUUUGAUACGACAACUGUGUAAACUGAAGUUUUUGAAGGAUUGCAUUAAUAUACGAGUUUUUUGACCUAAGUCAAGAAAUACUUUUGAAUAUGAUAUUAUGCUGACAUUGAAUCAGAUGCUCUUACUUUUUCCGGUUUACAACCUUAUCUUCAUCAUAUCGAUGAUCUUGCUUAAUUUUUUAAAUAUUAUACUUGUCGCGUAUAAUACAUAACUGUGUAAAUAGAGGACGACAUGCCACUAAAUAAAUCAGCUUGACAUUUUUUUAAAUUUUUGUUUACCAAUCGUCUGUCUCGAUAUUAUGAAGCAUCGAAUAAGGAAAGAAAUGCGUUUUAUAAAGGACGAAUCAAAGUCAUUCCUUUAUCAAUUGUUAUAGAGUUUUUAUUUGACUUUUACGAAUAAUUUAUUUAUCUAGAAACUAAAUAUAUAAAUAAUGCAUUUAAUUUGUAUAUUUAUAGUUAUCAUUUUUGUUCAAUUUAUUUAA